GCUAGAAUAGCACCUACACUUCAUCCGCACCGCCCCCAGCUCGCCAAAUCCGUCUCUCUUGCGACGAUAUCGCUGCAAUAUUCCCAUCUUUGUACGCGCGCUUGCCCUUGAUAGUACACACUCGGUCCAAGCCAUUUCUGGGAGACACGCUCGUGCACUGAGCAACUGUACGACCGACGUGCAUGGACAAUCACCACUCCGGUAUCAAGCCGAGCCCUGUCCGACACUCGCCUGCCGAUUCUCUCAACUCCCUCCGAGCAUUUACAGGUCCUCCGUUGAGACCUGCACAGCAAUCGUCUGCGAUGAUGCAGAGUAUGCACAAUCGUACCGGGUCUCACCCCGUUGCGGAUGUCAAACCGCGUCUUACCAAAGAGCAGCAUGACAUACUGGAAUCUCAUUUCCGCACUCAACACAAGCCAACCACAAACGUAAAAAAGAAUUUUGCGGAAAACUUGGGAGUACCAUUGGACAAGAUCAACAACUGGUUUCAAAACCGCCGUGCUAAAGUGAAACAAGAUGCGAAAAAGUUGCAGAAUCAGCAGAUGAUGUACCAAGCAAAUCUCCAGAGCUAUGGCAUACAGCAACAUCAGCAACAACCUCCGCAGCUUCAACACCAGCAGCCGCAGCACCAGCAUCACAUGUCGGCACCUAACGCCUCUUCAUACUAUUCUACCAAUUCUAGCGUAAGCCCUGCGACGCAUCCAUCCGACAACGGGCAACCAAGCCUAGAUGGACUUAAUGCACAGUUCAAUCUUCAGUCAGACUACGGCGCAGCGGGUCUGACGUCCAUAUCUGAAUCAUCACAAAAUCGAUCCUCGUCUUACAACGCAGUCAUCCAGUCCCUGAUCAAUGCAGGUUAUCCUAUGGACAUGACGCAGCAACAGAAUCAAUUUGACUUUGAUAACGGCACGAAUAGUAGUUUUGGCUCAAAUGUUUCUGGCAACGGUCAAUUCCUUUCUUCAUUGGCCAUACCGUCUAGUGGCUUUGGGAACUCCCUUGAUUUCUCUGCCUUCACGCCGGGGUCUACAGCAAUGCAAGCUGGGGAUAGUCUCGGAUCCGCAUCUACGCAGUUCACCCCAGCCACUCAGUCUUCUCUAGGUGUUCACCCUUCUGGGUCGGUUACCUCCCUCCAGUUUUUCGACGAUAACUCAGAUGGUGGUGAAGCAUUCGAUCCAAACUUUAACGCCUUUCCGCAUGGGAUGCCUCAUCGUCAUGCUGCUUCUACAUCCCAAAUAUCUCUGCCUUUUAAUGGAUCUCACUUCAAUAACCCUGGAUUAUAUCAGCAGAACAACAAUUCUAGCCAAGUGAUCAUAUCAACUCCGGACCAGUACGAUCCAAUGGGGGCAUUUGGUGACCUGGAGCCCCCAAACCCCCCAUUUGCAUUCGAAGGAUUCUCUCGUCGCAGUUCCUCGACGUCAAAUCUUGCGGAGUCUAUGCAAACUGUGGGUAUUGAUUCGCGCUCGCCUAGCGAAAGUGGUAGCUUCAAACAAGCAAUGCCACCGGCUAGCAUCGCAGCACGUAGACAACGUCGCCCUGCACCUCUGGGCGCAUCUGCAACUAGGAGCGCAUCUUACACUCCAGGAAUGCCAGGUUCGCCUAGCAACGCGUCCCAAACAAGUCUCAAUGCAGAACAAAAUCUCCGUCGCAUCCGAUCAUCACAAGGCAUGAAUGCCGGGCGUGUCCAGAAAAACUCCACAGGAUCGGCGCAACACUCACCAAUCACAUUUGCCUUCAAUGCAGCAAUAAAUUCGCCCAAAUUUGCGCGCGAGCUUGCCAGUGCCGUGAGCACGCCUGGAGGCAACGGAAAUUUUGCUCCACCGACACCACAGACACCCAACGAGGGUGCGAGGUUCCCGUCAUGGCAAACAAGCGGAGAGAUCAAACCUCAACCCUCGUUUGCCGACACGAGUAGUCCUCCUGAUAGUUUGGGUAUCAAUUUCUCUGCCGAGUCAUCAUCCGAACCAUAUCCACGCCAGUCGGAUGUGAAAGGCGCAUCGCCGAGUGUACCUACAGAAGAAGCACAGCAAAACCAACGCAGCCUUCCAAACGUUUCCUCAAACCGCGAUACACCACCGCAAUCAGCUCCUCCCACUCAGCAAAGCUUUUCACAAGGCGUUUUCGUCUCGCAGACACAGACUACGAAUGACUUCCUGGCUCCGGAUGAUUUCUCUUUGCACAACAUGCGUCGACCAUCUCUUCCCGAAAGUGUGUCGCAUAACCCUCAUUUGGGCAACCCGAUGCAGCACUUCGGAUUGACCAAUUUCAAUUCUGGCGGUCCUCAAUCGAUGGGCUAUCCUGUGCAAUACGGCAAUGUUAGUACAUUCAAUAUGCCUAUGUACUCGAUGGAUUCUGCGCCAUCGAUGACAUCCGCCCCAGCUCCAACACAAACCUCCCCAGACUCUUCCGAUUUCCUGGUUGUCCACGAAUACGCACCACCGAACUCCUCCGGGAAGUCAAACGAAUCUCGACGAAUGCAGGAGCAGCCAAAGCAAUUCGUUUUUGCAAACGCAGGACCUAAUGACUUCCAAGGCCCCUCGUGAUCAUCUGGUAUGUCGGAAGAGCUCUAGGUGCGAUACGGCAAGGACAAGGACAAGGCCAUGUACCUUUUUCCGAUUAUUCACGCAUUGCCUUAGAUGUUGCAAAUUGGCCACUCCGGAGCCAGAAAAACAGGCGCCAGGUGGC